AUGCUCCAGGAAUAUUACGCCGAGCUCGGUCCAUAUUUCACUAAAAAUCUUUUCCCCUACGGUUUCACUUUCUACGGUGAGAAAGAAUAUUUAAGGGAAAAUGCCCCGUAUGAGGACUUGAGAAAGGAGUGGGAUGGUGUGAUCUAUGAGCUUAGGAGAGAAACUGGCGGCUUGGCGGAGUUAAAACGAAUUCUCGAUGGUAAGGGGUGUCCAGCGCCCCCUCCAAAACCACGCCCCAGGCCGGCGCCUGCGCCCAGGCCUCCGAGGCCUGCCAGACCUGCGCCACCACCCCGGCCUUCCGGGACUCCUGGCAGGACAUACGGUCCAAGAAAUGUUGGAGGUUGGUCGUCUGUUGAGAGUCGGCCUUCUGGUGUUAGAGGAGGAAAUACAGGAGGGGGAGGGUCUAACCAUAGAGGAGGGGGAUCGGGGGCUCAGGGAGGGAGAGGAGGCCCGGGGCCUCGAGAUGCUGUAGGCGCUCCAGGUGCUAAGGGCACACAGGGGAGUAGACAUCCAGGGCCUACGGUGCUAAUUCAGCCCCGACUCCUACAAACUCAAGAUGAUUCCCAGCGUCCUCUUAAACAACACCCUCUACCUGCCGUCCCCAGUGCUCCUAGAGUCCCUGAUCCACCGGCUGAACCAGUUCCGACUCCAGCACGCAUUGUGUCCCCCGAUCCUACGCAUGCUCACUCAAGUGCUUCCAGCUCCAGCUCUUCGUCAUCCAGUGCCUCUGCUCCCACCGGUGGUCAGGAACGGGGUCCACAGGCGGCUGCUUCUGGACAUAUUCAACAGAGUAGUCAAGACUCAUCUCCCAAUCAAGACUCCAAUCCAGGCAUACUCGGUCAGCAUUCUGAUUCAGGUGGCGGUGCAGGAGUGGGUGGGGUGCCAAGCACCGGUGGGAGUUUGGCUGCGGGUUCAAGGGGCACUGUUUCCACAGCUUCAGAACCUGUUGCCCCUCUAAGCGUUGAUACUGCUCACGCUCAAAGCGCUCCAGGAGAUCUACAGUCUGCUAGGCAUAAUAGCGAUCCAGGCAGUCCAGGGCCUUCUUUGCCACAGGCUGGGUCAAGUCACGAUGGACCACCGGGGAAAGUUGGUACGCAAGUUGGUCCCGUUCCGGAUUCAGACGGCGAGGUGUCUCCGGGAAUACAUCCCUCUGUCUCUUCAAAUGUAAGCGACACUCAGAAUUCAAAUGUUCAAAGCCCAGAUUCCCUGUCAUUCCGUGACCAUGAUACUGCUCAGGAUCUGAAAGCUCAGGCGCAUUCUUCUACUCAAGAUAUUUCUCACCAAUCUUCAGACGUUCGAAGCACACAUCAGAGCGUCGACAGUGCCGAUCAUCUGCCAUCAGCUGUAAGUAGUGCUGGUACAGGUGGCGAUGAAGCCAACGGAGUGGGUGGAGUCUCGGCAGGGGGUACGGAUGGCGAUUCCCUGGUAGACAAUCAUUCUGGUAAACCUCCAAGCACCUCUCAACUUUCUGUGCAACAUCCCACCCCAAGUAAUACAGCCCCAGGUUCUCCAUCAUGUGGUAUCCCUGGUCCACCGGGUGAUGUGGGCCUUGCCCUCCAAUCGCCUCCUCUGGUAAAUCCUCAGGGUGACACAGGCGGCCAUAGCCUAGCAGCCAUUCCACAGGCUCUCAGCUCAGAUCCUCUCAGUGAUUCUGAUAAUGCAGUUACAAGAGCUCAACAACAUGUUGGAACUCAGGAUAAUGGAUCUAUAAGUCAGCCAGGACUUAUAGCGUCUGCUCCUCCCUCAAUAACAGCUGCAGACCCUUCAAGUUCUCAGAGCACUCCACAUGGACCCGUGGGGCCCCAAGGUGUUCACGAUCAAGGAGCUAUGCAGCCUUCGGAUCCUAGUUUGAAAGGCGAUGCAGAAUCUACAGGCCCUCUGAAUCAACAGGUAACCUCCAGCCCUACUGUAUCACAUGACCCUGCUGGUAUGUCAAGAAACGGGUCUCCGGAUUUAACGUCAGGUAAGCCUACAAUUUCACAGCAUGAUGCUGUUCACGGCGCCGCGCUCACUACUGCCCCAAGUGUCUCAGGUCCACAGCCUUCCUCAAUUGCUGCCUCUCCUUCCGGUGUGGGUCCGGACCCGGAUGACCACGCGUCUCUUUCGGAUCCUGCUCUGCCACAUGCUAAAAAUUCCAUGGCAAUCCCAGGAUCCCUACCCAUGACCUCCCCAGUUCUGCAACCUGGUCAAGAGAUCGAUGGAGCUGCAGGGAGUGGGAGUCCAGGGGCGACAAUCGGUGACCCUAAUUUGCAGAAUAGACAGACGACUGAUAACAAUUUAGGGUCUUCUGGCACAUCGAUGAAUUCAGGCAGCGAUGCGUCGCAUAAAGUACCACCUCAGACGUCAAUGCCGGAUCCGGCUGAAUUUCAGCUUCAAAUUGAAAAACUCUACACUCCGGAUAUGAUUUACGGCGCUGAUAAGAUUCAUGGAGAGCCACUGCCCGCGGUUGCAUUUAAGAGUAUUGUGUCACCGUCCGAUACCUAUUCUAAUAUACCUUCGCACCCCCCGUUGCAUGAAACAUUUGAUCCAGAAAGUCUGGACUUCUCAACCGAAGACUUAUGCCUUCCUCCCUGGAUUACCCAGAUACCUAAAGACAGUUUCGCAGAUGUCCCGGAUACCGAGUUGUUCCCUUCGGAGGUGCCGUGCACUGUCAGGGAUAUGCUUAUUUGGCUGGCCGGACUUCAGAACCCGAAGCAUCAAGACACUCUGACACAGUGUAUUGAGAAAGCUUUCAAGGACGGAGAUAGUGACCCAUCAGAUCUCACACUCCCAUUCAACGGUGCUGAGAUCCGCCCUGAAGAUGUAUUGAACAUCUUAAAACUUACCGCCCUGUUUGCAGCUUCAGUGCUAUCUACCAUUGAGCCUGCCUGGAAAGGUAACAUCACGUUAUCUGCUACAUUCAAAAGUAAGGACUCCGACCAAGCUCAGGACCCCGAUUGCUGCGUCCUCCUCUGCCAGCUGCGAGACUACGUCUACGCCUGCUACCACCAGCUGACGUUCUUAAAGUCGCAGUGUUCUCGGGAGCAGUCUGAAGGUGGCUGGCAUAAUCAUGAAUAUGGCCAUGCUGUGUCUCCCCAAAAGUCCCCCCUCCAGGCCUUCCUGACCGACGCCUCCGCCUCCAAGUUCAAGACUCACCCCUUCGACCCGUGUGACAUCUGCCGCAAGAGCCGUGCCAACAUGGGAUUCAGGGAGGAGGAUCUGCCUACACCUCAGCAAACUGGCAACAUACUCAACGACAUCCUCACUCCCAGCUGCGGCGGCGAGGAUCCCUUGCCGACGCUAUGCUCUUACCUCAAUUGCCUCACCAGGCGGACGCCACGCACCACCGGGGAGCUUGUCUCAUUCUUCCACAAUUUUGGGAAUGAGCUUCAUGAUGUGUCCUCAAGUUUUUCCUCUCUGGGCUCCGCCCUCUCCAGUCAGCAUGACGACUGCCCCGAGUGGGAUCAACUUGCUGCCGACGACCUCCAUGUCAUCAAGGGCAUCCGGGGCUCCGCCCCUCCCACCUCCAACCACGACCACGACAAGGACCAUCCCAAGACGCUGUCCACGCUGCUUGGCUGUGGCAUCGAUAACGUCAACUGCCCACAACUCAUGAAGCCCAUCACCUACCGGGCCUACGCCCUCUACGCGCCGAUCUUCACCCACACCUACCUCAGCUGGACAGUGUACCUGCCCGACAGACUGUGGGAAUCGCUGCUCAAGUUGCACUGUGAUCUCGAGGAACUUCAAUGCCACGACUCCAAGUCCAAGCCCCUCCACCAGUGUGACAAGGCACUGCCCCUCCUCUACUCUCACGGGCUCACGCCGCCGGACGGGGUAACGCAGCCGCCAGUCACGUGUUACGAGGUCAUCGCCAAGCUGGAGGCAGUGGUCACCGGAAAGCCUAUCGCAGACCUUAUGAUCUGCAUGGACAAUUUCCUCAUCUGCAUCCGUGCGCCCUUCCUGUUCACCAUCGUCACACUCUGGCUCAUCGCCACGCUCUACAUCGUCCACUCGCUACUCUACCGCAUGGACGUGCUGCGCCUCCGCUCGCACCUCCUCACCACCAGGGCCUCACACCUCAUCGAUGUCAAGGCUUUACUCGCCGGCAGCCGCAGGAUGCUCUCACUGUACGACGUCGACUACUUCGACGAUGACUUUCACUCGUGA